CGGGGCGCGCGUCCUGCGCUGUGGGCGGGCAGGAAGGCGGAAGAGCUGGGCGGGGAGUGAGUCGGCCGCCGAGGGUCUCAGAGUCCUGCUGCCGCCUGCGCCAUGUCUGCGCGUAACCCAGGCACGGAGUUCGACCUUAGCUGGAUCUCCAAAAUUCAAGUGAAUCAACCAGCAGUUUUGAGGCGCGCGGAACAAAUCCAGGCUCGCAGAACCGUUAAAAAGGAGUGGCAAGCUGCUUGGCUCCUGAAAGCUGUUACCUUUAUAGAUCUUACUACACUUUCUGGCGAUGACACACCCUCCAGCGUUCAGAGGCUCUGUUAUAAAGCCAGGUAUCCAAUCCGGGAAGACCUCUUAAAAGCGUUAAAUAUGCACGAUAAAGGCAUUACUACAGCUGCCGUUUGUGUUUAUCCUGCCCGAGUAGGUGAUGCUGUAAAAGCACUAAAGGCUGCAGCCUGUAAUAUCCCAGUGGCAUCAGUGGCCACUGGCUUUCCAGCUGGACAGACUCAUUUGAAAACACGAUUAGAAGAGAUCAGAUUGGCUGUUGAAGACGGAGCUACUGAAAUUGAUGUGGUAAUUAACAGGACGUUGGUGCUGACAGGCCAGUGGGAAGCCCUUUAUGAUGAGAUUCGUCAGUUUCGCAAGGCCUGUGGAGAGGCUCAUCUCAAAACCAUCUUGGCAACAGGAGAACUUGGAUCUCUUACUAACGUCUAUAAAGCCAGCAUGAUAGCAAUGAUGGCAGGAUCCGAUUUUAUUAAGACCUCUACUGGAAAAGAAACAAUAAAUGCCACCUUUCCAGUGGCUAUAGUAAUGCUACGGGCCAUUAGAGAUUUCUUCUGGAAAACUGGAAACAAGAUAGGGUUUAAACCAGCAGGAGGCAUCCGCAGUGCCAAGAAUUCCCUUGCUUGGCUGUCUCUUAUAAAGGAAGAGCUAGGAGAUGAGUGGCUGAAGCCAGAACUCUUUCGAAUAGGUGCCAGCACUCUACUUUCAGACAUUGAGAGGCAGAUUUACCAUCAAGUGACUGGAAGAUAUGCAGCUUACCACGAUCUUCCAGUGUCUUAAAUCAGCAACCAAAUAUGGAAAAGCUCUUCACAACAAUGUUGAAAAAUUAUUUUUCUACUUAAUGGCUAAAAUUAUUUAAUUAAAAAAAUCAGGGAAUAGGUAAAUCACUUUGUUGCCUUUAAACUGUCAUUGGAAUUAACUCAAAGAAUGAAAGAAGGAACAAAAAAACUAAUCCAUGUGUGGUGCUCAUUUUAGGCACAUCUGAAAUGGACUUAAUGACUAAAAGAUCUAUGCUGUUAAUUUUGGAAAGGGUUUCUUCUAAAAACUCUGAGUACAGUGUUAAUGAUAGCUUGGACAACAUUAAGUUCUUAGAGGGAAAAAAAAAAUGUUAAACUGCCCAAGAGCAUGCUGAAGCAAAAAAAAAAAAAAAAAAAAAAAAUCCUUGAACAACUGCUAUACUCUGAUGAGUCCCAGAGUCACUGAUUUGGCACUAAUUUCCUCCCAUGAAAACCUGUCUUUAAAUUUUGCAAUGGAUAUGCUCUUUUAUUAAGUGUUUUGCUAAUGAAAUUUUUGUUAUUGUUAUAUGAAACUUUGAAUAUCAUUGAAUUUUUUUAAAAUAAAGUCCCUGCAAUUGUUCAUUUAAAAAAAAUUUUUUUAUUGCUACAAAGACAUGUUGAAAAGUUAAUCCAUUAAACAUACUGAGGUUUUGCCCAUGACUUCCUGAAUCUCUCUAAUAAAUUCCAUGAGUAUAUUUCUUAGAGAAAGCACCUCAGUAGAUUAUUAAUGAGUACAGCUUAUGUAUAUGUUCUGAAACUCUUAAGAUUUUCUGGCGUAUUGAAUAAGGGGAAGAACGGCAAACACGAACAUAGUGCUCAUUAUGUGCCUGGCACUGUUCUACAUACAUAUUUCAACUUAUUUAAUCCUUGUUAAUACUUAUAACCGUAAGGUAAGUACAGUAAGGUUUUUAGUCCUUAUAACAAUAAGUACUAAUAUUACCAUCCUUAUUAUACAAGUAGGAGCCUGGGUGGCUCAGGCUGUUGGCUAUUAACCCAAAAGUUGGUGGUUCAAACUUGCCCAGCUGCUUUGCAGAAGAAAGGCCUGGCAAUUUGCUUCCAUAAAGAUGACAGCAAAGAAAGCCCUAGGGAGCAGAGUAUCUGUAACACAUGGGGUUGCCAUGAGUCAGGUGGGGCGAUUCAAUGGCAGCUAACAACAACAAUAUUAUACAGGUGAGGGAGUAAGGCCCAGAAAAUUUAAGCCCUGGUAGCACAGUGGUUAAAGCACUUGACUACUAACCAAAAGGUCUGUAGUUCGAACCCACCAGCCGCUCCACAAGAGAAAGUUGUGGCUUCCAUAAAGAUUUAUAGCCUAGGAAACCCUAUGCCGCAGUUCUACCCUGUCCUGUAGGGCUGCUGUGAGUCGGAAUUGACUUGAUGGCAGUGGGUUUGGUUUUUUGUUUUGUUUUGUUUUGUUUUGUUUUGGUUUUGGUUUUUGCCAGAGGGCACAGGGCUAGAAAUUAGCAGAGUCAAGAAUAAAGCCCAGGCGGCAGUCUGGCUCCUGAGUCUGCUCUUCACCUGUGUGCAUAAGUGCUCUCCGUACAUACAAAUAAUAAAAAAUAGGUGCACAUAAACAGCUCAGUCUGGGAAUGGUAAUUUGCUUUGUUGUCUGUGAGUUUCUGUGUUCUCUGUCUCUCCCAGCCUCCCUCCCACCUCCACCUUUUUUGCUUGCUAGCAUCUCUACCACAUUAUAGAACCCAAGUUUCCUUAAAUGGUGAUUUUCAUCAAGAGUUAGUCAUUUUUUCCUCCCUGAACAACUGCCCAGCUAUGCAUGUGCAAAAACCCUGAACUGGGAGUCAGAAGUUUUGAUAUCCUCUUCCCAUCUACUCAGAUCUAGCCCAAACCCUGCCAGUGUGACCUUGGUCCAGUCAGCUUGUGUUUCUUGACCUCAGUAUCUUCAACUGUAGAACAGAAGUAUUGUGAUAGGUCAUAUCAAGGUUCUUUCAGACCUAAUAUUUUAUUACUCUAAGGAUAAUUAUAACAAAUCCAAGAAAAUGUUUUAUGGCUAUUAAGAGAAAAUACUUUGGUACUAAUCUAAAUUAAAAUUCACCUCUCUGUAGUCAGUUAAAUAAGUCCCUCAAAGCACCUAACUGUGAAUGAAGUGACUAAAAUAAGGCAUAAAAGAGCUCUGCUUUUCCCCAGUGCCUUAGCAGGAUGCUGACCCUUAACUUGGGCCUUUGGAUAUGGUCAUUGACUCUGAAUGCCAUAUCCGACUUCAUAAUAUGCUGGCCUAGGUGCCCACCAACGCAAGUGGCCGGUCACCUUUGAAGAAGGAACAUUACAGAAAAAUAAUUACUUUCCCUUACCUUUGAAGCUAUUCCAGUUUCACAGGGGUUUCUGUUUUCUUCCCGUUAAACCCAGCUGGUCGUUUUAGUUGAUCAAGUGAACAGGCAUCAUUAUCUUCAAUUUUAGUUUAUAUGAGGCAUCCACGGAAAUUGACCUCUGCGGACCAUUAUAGGUUCACAUAGGAAAUUAAGACUGGUGAGUCCCUCAGAUCGGUUAGAGCGAGGCCGAGGAGCAUGGCCCGAUCCAAAGAUAAGUAAUGCUGUUUUUCGGGGGACAGUUUCUUCCAAGGACUGUGGGUGCUUCAUCAGGGAUGUCUGCCCCUUCUUACCUGGCUCUUGAAAUCAGAUGUAACAUAGACGACUUUAACAGGAAGACCCUGGUAAAUGUUGAUUGCUGUGAAAACGUCAGAGGAAGAGGUCAUUUCUGAGGUGACCGUGAUUUACUCCAAGCAGAUUCGUGUGCUUUAGAACAUCGGGAGCAGAUGCUUUAUACAAUCAGAAAAUGAGCUGCUGUGUUCUGUGUUUGAAGCUUCUAAGUCAAUAAAAACAACCGCCCACAAAUUUUUGGAAUUGUUCAAUAAAGCACAUUAGGCCUUAAUGUUAUUUUUUAAAUAGUCGCCUAACUUAGGGGCUUAAAUGAGACCUUAGAGAAUAUCUAGCUCAACCCCAAUCAUUUUUUACAUGAAAAAAGAAAUUCAAGUGGGGAAGUACUUGUGCAAGGUCACAUAGAAAGUCAGAGCUGAGACCAGAACCCAGAUCGUCACUGCACCAUGAAAUGUUUUGUAAGAGAUAGCCAGGCCUAUGAAGUUAAAGUUUUCUUCCUUUGUCAGCAUGUAAACUUCAGACUUUCAAAAGACUCACUUGUGCCAGUAGAAGUCUUCAGAAUGGUGUUUUAGAGAAGACCAACCAUCUAAAUUUAGCCCAAACGAUAGUGUGGUUAAUUUCAUCUCUUAGAAUUUCUUGGCAGUUUCAUAGAGAGCCCAAGGAUAGAAUAGAUAAAAUAUAUUUCUAUUCCAUCCUACUUUGUAGUGCCAAAAUAUAUUAAAGAAAAGUAUACCCUAGCUAAGAACUAAUAUUUUGUACAGAUUCUUUCUUCUGAUUCUACUGUUCUAAACUAAGCCCAAAAGCCUGAAUUUUUGAAUUUUGAGUAAUCUCUAAAAUUAAAAAAAGAAAAAUUAAAUAAACUAAAAGAAUUUUUUUUUUUUUAAUUGAAUAUUGCUUUACUUAUAUAAACUAUCAUCUGGGGGCUUGCUUGGAUUCUAGUUUGUCUACAAAUCACAAAAGUUUCAUGACUGCAGUAUCUUUACCUCAUUCUGGAUUAUUUCAACACUAAGAGGAAAUUUAAACAAAUCAGUUCACAUGGCAACUAGCAUCUUAGAAGGCUUGUGCAAAAGUACAAACUGUUAUAGAUAUCUGGAAGUGUAUCUUCACAGCAGCGUGAUACAGUCUCUGUCCUGACUGAGAAACAGUUUGUGGUAGCAUACAUAUAUGUCAUACAAUAUCUCAAUCAAUGUCUUUGGAAAAAUCAGUUUACUCUGUUAGGACAGAGGAAAGCCACCAUUAAUUUUUCUUCCAUCAACCUGACAAUUUUUUUUUUUUCUGACGCAACAAUAGGGCCAGAGUGCAGAGAUAUAAAGGAGAAGAAAGGAUUUGAAUAGAUCUUACCUUUAAAGGAAAUGAAAUAUUUUACCUAUUUUGGCACUUGGAAAAAGGUGUGAGGUGAAAUCAAUUUCUACAUUUGUUUUCCUGUUCUCAGGAUUCUUGCCUCUCAAAGGAAAAUGUGUAUAUUACAUCUAUCACCAAAUGAUCCUUUCCAGAAAUGACCACAGGUAACAUCUGGCUGAUAUAUAAAAUACAUAGUAAAAAUAAUCAUUUUUAAUUAACUAAAACCUGCUCAGGAGAGAGAACCAGAAGAAUAUCCAUCUGGUCAGUUCCAUUUAAUAGGGCAAAUGAGGAUCAGAAUGUUUAAUUCAAUAUAUGUGAAAUACUUAGUGACCUUACAAUGAACUAAAACUUUAUUAGGAAGAAGAACAGGAGUGAGGAGGAGGAAUUAGAAUAUCUACAGAGGACAGACAUAUAAUUUGAUUUUUUUUUUAAAGUAUAUCUCAUAUUGUAAAAUAUACGUGGUUUUUUUUUUAUAUAAGAAACCUAGAUUUUGUGGCAUUAAUUUUGAUGGUUCAGUGUCAAGAAAUGUUUUUCAAUUCAUUUGAACAAUAAAAUGAGGUUACACUUUAUUCCGAAGAUUGACAAGGAGGAUGGAGAGUUUUAAAAUGUGGUUAUAAGAAAAGGAAAAAGGAACCGGAAUUAUUUAGUCUGAGAAGGGUAAAUAAUUUAGAUCGAAGGGUACUUAAUGCCUGACAGUCUCAGGAAAAGUUACUUCUAUAUUAGAUCUUAACGUCCCUGGGUAACGCAAGCGGUUUGCACUCAACUACUAACAUAAUGGUGAUUUGAACCUACCAAGCAGCGCUGCGAAAGAAAGACCUGGCCAUCUGCUGCCAUAAAGAUAACAGCCAAGAAAACUCUGAAGCAGUUCUACUCUGUAACACAUGGAGGUCAUCUGAGUCAAAAUUGGCUUGAGAGCAGUAAGUUAUCUCCUCUGAAUAGGAAGAAAUGAAUUUACGUGGCAUGGAGCCCUAGUGGCGAAGUAGUUAAGAGCUUGGCUGCUAACCAAAAGGUCAGCAGUUCAAAUCCACCAGCCUCUCCUUGGACACUCUAUGGGACAGUUCUACUCUAUCCUAUAGGGUCGCUAUGAGUUGGAAUCGACUCAACAGCAACAGGUUUUUUUGGUUUGGUGAAGUUAGUUCUCAGGAAUGCGUUAAGAGGGUGUAUCUUGCUAUUCCUUUCUCAGAAGAUUCUUCUUUGAUUGGAGUGGUUUACUUGUGGUGCCAAAGAAAGUGGUUCUCAAACUUUAGCUUACAUUACGAUCACUAGGAGAGCUUGUAAAACAGAAUGGGUGGGCCCCCACUCCCAGAAUUUUUAACUCAGCAGGUCUGCUGUGGAGCUUGAGAAUUUGCAUUUCUAACAAGUUCCCAGGUGAUACUGAUGCUGCUGGUCCAGGAACCACACUUGAGAACUACUGGAUGGGAAGCCUUGUACUCCAUACCUAGAUGUACGGUUCCAAAGUAAAUGCACCCAUUAAACAGUAAAAUCCACCAGCUGCAGCACUUCCUUAUCAUGAAACUUAAGGCUAAAUAUUUAUAUUCUAUGGCUCUCAUAAGCGAGAACAAUGGAAAUGACCUUAUCCCUUAAUCUUUUUAUUGUAGGCAGUGAGCUUGAUUAAGCUCUGGAGCCUAGAAGAAACAUUUUAGACGAGUUUAGAGACAUUAUCCACAAAAUCUCCAAAGGAUCUCAGCAAGCUGUAAAAGUAAGCUUCAGCUGUAUUUGAUUUUACCUAUUUGGAAUGCUUUAACUUUUGGUGAUUCCGGUAUAGUUGUACUUAAAACCAAGACCUAUUUUAAUGGAGUCCGUUCUUUAACUUACACUUGGGAUAGAUGUUCUUGAGAAAGGGAUAUUUCACAGAUAUUUAGUUUCUUAGUUUGAAGCUAGUGUGUAGGUGAUCUCUAGACUUGGGAGCUCAUGAAAAUUUUUUUACUUUGAAAGCACGUUGAAUAUAUUACAGAUGAUCCAGGAUGGAUCAGAUGGUCAGAUAGCUGAACAUAGGAGGAACCAACCAGCAAUAAUGCCCAAACCGCCAUUUAGGACUGUUCUGGUGAACUGCUACCACCUCUGGGCACUGGACACCAGGACCUCUGCUUUUGCUGCCCCUGUAAGCUAUAGCUCUCAUUUACCACAGUGGUCAAAGAUUAUUCUCUUCUAUGUCAAACUCCUGAGUGGAGUGUCUGAUUGUUGGAGACUAGGUCACAUACCUGCACAGUAGCUGUAACAGAGACUGGGAAAGCAAGUUUUGGCCUUCUUGGGGCAAGUGGGACAUAGUAUUCAAAAGAUAUUGUAUGUUCACUAAUCAUGACAGCUGUCAACUGCAGUAUAACAAAGGGGUGCUGGUAGGGUGUUUUAUACACUGUGAUAGGAAAGGACUUAUUGCCCCUCUGUUCUGGUUCUACUUCCACUCAGUCUCAGAAGCUGAACUCAAGGCAAGAUCACCCCUUGUCUCUCGGGCCCAUACAGUAAGUCAAAGUUCAGAAAACCAAAACCAAAUCUGUUGCCAGCAAGUCGAUUUUGAUUCAUAGUGACCCUACUGGACAGAGUAGAACUGCUCCAUAGGGUUUCCAAGACUGUAAUCCUUAUGGAAGCAGACUGCCAUAUCUUUUCUCCCCUGGAGUCGCUGGUAGGUUCAAACCACCAACCAUUCAUUAGAUAGCUGUGCUUAACCACUGGGCCACCAUGACUCCUCAGAGUGAGAGGAGAGGCUCUAAAUGUGCCAACAAAGGCACAAGGCCUGGGGUGGAUAUAUGGACACAGGUUUUAAACUAGAAGAUCACAAAAUAAGAUACUAGGAUCUGGUGGCCAGUCAAAUAGGGUUGUCUAGAACAAAUGGAAACCCUGGUGGCGUAGUGGUUAAGUGCUACAGCUGCUAACCAAGAGGUCAGCAGUUCGAAUCCACCAGGGGCUCCUUGGAAACUCUAUCAGGCAGUUCUACUCUGUCCUGUAGGGCUGCUGUGAGUCGGAAUCGACUCGACAGCAGUGGGUUUGGCUUUGGUUUUUUAGAACAGAGAUGGUGAUAGGCCCAUGUGUUUUCUCUGGCGCAUAGGCCUGGAGCUUGUAAAGGGACAGGGGCAGAGCAGAGAGUCUUAUAUUCUUUUUAUUAUUUCUAUCCUUGAAGAGUAAGCCUGUUAUAACCAGCUUUAUACCCUUAUAGCAUCCGGCUCAGUACCUUACAAAAAGUCAGUGAUCCAAAUUGACUUGUUAUAUUAAGUAGUAACUAUUAUUUCACUUAAAUACAGACAAGGUAUGGUUAUAAGAUGAGACUGGUCCACAAGACAAGCAUAAAUAGGGCCAUACAGGUAGGCACAAGUACAGCUUUGCUAAAAAAAAAUUUAAAAAGUGAAUGAAAUUCCAAAGUAAAUGCAUGAUACAUAUUUUAGAGGAGUUUUUCAUAGAGUAACCAUACCUUGAGUUUGAUGGAUUUUAGGUUUGGGGGAAAAUGAUAUAUGUUACCAACAGCUUCUGUAAUUUCUGUUAAAACUUGCUGGAUGAGUUGCAAAUGUAUGAAAAAUGGUUUGGGAAAACAAUUUUUAUUCAUUAAGCUGUUUGUUUUGAUAGGUAAAAAAGCACAUAUCUUUUUUAAGCUAUGUUUAUUUCCUGUUUUGAGUGGCAGCAAAAGUAAUUGCAUGUUUGAAAUCUUUAAAAUAUGCUUUAAUGCUUUUAAUAUGACUUAAGAGCAAAUGUGCCGAUUUCUACCCACUGCUUAAGCCUUUCCAUAGCUGAAAGUUAGUUUCACAUUCCAAGCUUUACGGAACUACUUACUAUGUCAUAAGAUUAUGUCUUUUAAACUGCAGUCAGUGUCUGUACCUGGUGGACUGAUUAGAGCAUUUGUCACACCUAGAGCAAGGUUUUGCAAGGGAAAGAUAUAACAUUUGUGUAAAUGCUUGACUUUGAGCUUUAAAAAAAUGGAUAUGAAUAUUUUUGGAUAGAAUAAAUAGAAUUAUGCAAACAUGGUCUUAUAAUAGGAUUUCAGUUGGUAGAUUCAAUAUGUAUAUGCCCGGUAUUUAUGCUGAGAAUUAGUUUUCGAAAUAGACUAACUGCCUUUCUAAUUUAAAAACCUUUCUGUUUUAAUGAGACAAGAUAUUAAAAAGAUCCAGGUAAGGUCUAUAGAAUUAAGACCCAGGAUCAGUCUCCAGCAUUUCCUGAGCGCCUAGUAAAUGUUUAUUUUAAGCCAUUGUGGAACGGUACUAAUUAGUAUGGGGUAGACACUCUUUUAAUAAGUGCACAAUAUUUGUUAGUAUGAGCUCUCUUCUGGAGCCCUGGUGGUGCAGUGGCUAAGAGCUUGGCUGCUAACCAAAAGGUUGGCAGUUCAAAUCCACCAGCCGCUCCUUGGAAACCCUCUGGGGCAGUUCUGCUCUGUCUUAUAGGGUCAGUAUGAGUUGGAAUCGACUCAGUGGCCGUGAUUUUUGGUUUAGGCACUCUUCUAAGUGUUUUACAUGUAUUUUCUCUUUAAGCCGUACAACAAACCGUGAGAUAGAUAAGAUUAUUAGCCUCGUUUUACAUAUGAGUUGAUGGAGGCAUAGAGAAAUUAAGUGACGUGUUUUAAGGUCACACAUAUAGCUGGAAUUUGCUCUGGCUCCAGUGUUUGUGUCUUUAACUGCUGUGAAAUACACUGUGCCAAGCAGGCGGGUAAAAUGGAGGCCUUUGUGCCAUAGUUCCAAGAAAAAAGGAAACUCACUGGAGUUACAAACUUUCAGGGGGGUAAAAACAGACCCCAAAGAUCAUUUAAUCUAACCAUCCAGCCAAUGAUCAUGCUGUCAAGCAGUUUACGGGCUGCCAUGGAGAUGGGGAGAAAUAGCAAUGCAGGGGAAUCUCUAUAACGAGCUGUUAAGGGACAGAAACAAUGCCCUCCUUCUAGGUUAAACAUGUUAUAUCAAGCUUUUAUUAUAUUUACUGCUGGGUUUUAGGAUCUAGGAUUUGGCCCAUGGUAUUUCCAAAUCCUUAUAUAAUGAGCUGUGUUACUGCAGGUUUCUACUAUUAUAACUGCAAAUACAAAGCACACAGACACACAAAGGCAUCCACCCAAGUAUAAAUUUACUGGAAAUAGGAUAAAAAAUGAAUUGUUGGGUUUAGGGAUAAUUACUGGUAGCACCAGUCUGGGUAGAGCUUGAUAGGAAAUGAGAAUAGUUUGGAAAGAUUUCAGGGGUAGUGUGGAAGUUGAGUAGAGAUUCGAAGGUCAAAUGGUGUGGACAGAUCUCAGAUGGUGAAAUUUUAUUAUUUAGGGGGCAAAGGAUGCCUAUGUGCCUGAUGCUUCCAAUUCGUCAAAAGAAAUGAAUGCAGGGGAUAAAAAUCAGAGAUGUUGUCACAGAGAUCUUUUCUCCAGCUUUUUGAAGGGAGAAUUAGUAUUUAUUUGUAUUCUCAGUGCCUUGCAUAUAAUAGUUGUAAUAUCAUUUGUUUAAUUUAUUUAUAUGUACAAAAUGCAGUAUGAGCGGAGGGGAGACAUGUCAGGACGUUAAGUAAAGCUUCAUACAGGAGGUAAUGUUGAGUAUGACUAGGAAUUUUGUAGGUGGAAAAUGUUGGUUGUGGUGUGCAUGUAGGGCAUGGGGUGUGAUAUAUGCUUAAACGCUGGUGGCGUAGUGGUUAAGUACUACAGCUGUCAGCAAAGAGGUCAGCAGUUCGAAUCCACUAGGUUCUCUAUGGGGCAGUUCUGCUCUGUCCUAUAGGGUUGCAAUGAGUUGGAACCGACUGGAUGGCAGUGAUUUUGGUUUUAUUUUUGGUGUCUGUUUUGCAUGUGAAAGAAAGCCUAGGAGCAUGCCACUCCUAGUUUCUCCUCUCACUUGUCCUUUCCCAGGAAGAUGGAGUGAUUUACCCUAUUGUUGACUAUGCAAUAAGGAACUGGGCAUUUACAUGGAGUUCAGGUCUUUCCCUUCCUCUUAGGAAUGAGCCCUUUUUCCAUUCUCAAAAUUUAAUAAUGAUGGCAGGCGGGUCUAGGGGAGAGCGAAAACUCUAUUUGGGGAGGUCUGCAACUGUCCUGCAGUGCCUGCACCUGGGUGGAUGGGUCUGUAAAGUUUUAGGGUGUAAUAUUAGGAGCUGAUUGUUGCCAUACAGUAAGCUACAUUCUUCAAAAUCAACUCUAUUAGUAAUAAAAAGAGGUAAUAUCUGGGGUUUUUUGCUUGCAUUUUUGUUUUGUCAGUACGUUCAGAACUUGGAGAGGAUUAUAAUUUAUUGAGCUCCCUCAAGCCCCAAUAGAGAAGCCAGGGAUGGAUAUCCCUGGAAGAGAAAAUAAUGUGUGCAAAAGCAUAGAGAACUGAAAAUGCAUAACGUGUUUGGGAAAGAGUCAGAAUUCUGGAAAUUCUUUGGGAAGUAGCUGGAAGAAAGAGCAUGAAAGAGAUGAUUUUGAGGAAGAUUUAGCAUUGAAUCAAGAAAGGACUUAAGUGACAUACUAAAGAGUUAGACUUUAUGACUCUCAAGGUAUGGUCCGGAGACCCAUAGGAGGUUCUCAAGAGCCUUUCAAGGGACCCGUAAAUCUCUCUUAUUAUUAUUCUUAAUAAUACUGAGACAUUAUCUAAUUUUUUUACUCUCAUUUUCUCAUGAGCACACAGGAAAGUUUUCCAGAGGCUAUAUAAUAUGCAGUAUCACAAUAGUUUGAGUACAGAAGCAGGUAAAAGACUUCAGCUUCUACUAUAAUACAAUGUCUUCUAUUAAGCCAGAAGUUAAGGAGAUUUGCAAAACUGUAAAGCAAUUUAAUGUCUUAAAAUAGCUCUUUUGUCUAUAUUACUUCUGAUAACAUGCAAUGAGUUUAUUGUUUUAGUGAUUUAAAUUAAAUUUUAAAUUUAAUUUAUAAUACAGUAAAUAUCAAUAAACAUAAUGUACAUAAGCAAAAGCUCUUUGGGGCCCUUAAUAAAUUUUAAGAUCAUGAAGGGAUCCUAAUACCAAAAAGCUUGAGAAUGGCUGCUGUAGACAAGGGGGAGCCUUUGGAGGUUAUAAAGUAGGGGCAGAUUCCUACUUCUUCAAAAGUUACAAAGAAUUACCAUGCCCAGUGUUGCUAAAGACAUGGGGAGAUGAGCGUUCUUGCAUUCCACUGGUAGGAAUAUGAAUCGAUACAGUCUUUAAGGAAGGUUUUUUUUGCAAUAUGUAGCAAAAGAUUUUAAAAGUACAUACCCUUUGGCUUAGGAAUUUCACUUCUAAGAAUUUAUCCUAAGGAAAUAACUGAAAAAAUGUUAUUAAAGUUAUAAAGUCUGUAUAUGAAUGUUUAUUAUAGUAUUGUUUAUAAUGAUUAAAACAGUAGAAAACAGCCAAAAUGCCCAUGUUUUUAGUUCUGUCGCUUUGGGGAAUCAUUUUACUGUCUGGGUCAGACCGAGCCUUGAUUCACUUACUGAGAUGGAGAUUUCAGUAUUUCAAGAGGCAGAGGCUGAUCAAAGGAUUCUCUGUGCCCUUUAUUCCCUAUCAAAUUCCAUGCCCAAAUGAUAUCCCAGAUUUACCUGCAGUACCUUCAGCUUUCUGCUUCAAGGUGAGAGUUUUUCAUCCCCAAAGGGUGCUGUCACUGGAAGCUGGCAUUAUUCCCUCGGGACUUGGGAGAGAGCAGUUAUGGGCAGAGGGCCUAUGGCCACACAGCUCUCAAUCUGCAGAUUUGACUGGGCUGUCUUUUGUUUAUGUUAGGUGCCAUCAAGUCAAUUUCGAUUCAUGGUGGCCCAUGUGACAGAGUAGAACUGCCCCAUAGAGUCGUCUAGGCUGUAAUCUUUAUGGGAACAGAUCACCAUGUCUUUUUCCCACGGAGCUGCUGGGUGGGUUUGAACUACCAACCUUUCGGUUAACCAUUGUGCAUCCAGGGCUCCAUGGGCUGUGUUAUGGAUGAAAUUGUCCACACCUCCCCUCCUUAUGUGUUGCAAAUCCAGCCCCUAUACCUGUGAUUAUAAUUCCAUUUGGAAAUGGGUUUUCUUUGUUAUAUAUUAAUGAGGCAAUAUUAGUGUAGGGUGUGUUUUGAUCUCUUUUGAGAUAUAAAAGAGUAGACUGAGCAAGCAAGCAGACAUGAGGGUAGAUAGAUGCCAUGCCACAUGAAGAUCGCCAAGGAGCCAAGGAAUAUAAGAUGAAAAGAGAUAAGGACCUACGUCCAGAGUGGUCAAAGAGAGCCUUCCUUAAGGGCUGGCGCCCUGAAUUCAGACUCCUAGCUUCCUAAACUAUGAGAAAAUGAAUUUCUGUUCGUUAAAGCCACCCACUUGUGGUAUUUCUGUUAUAGCAGCACUAGAUAACUAAGACAGGCUAUCCUUAAGCCAAAAAUAAAAUUAAAAAACCCAAACCUGUUGCCACCGAGUUGAUUCUGACUCAUCUAUAGGACAGAGUAGAACUGCCCGAUAGGGUUUCCAGGGAGAGCCUGGUGGAUUUGAAUUGCAGACCUUUUGGUUAGAAGCCAUAGCUUACUGCUACAAAAUUCUGAUUCCCCAAUAAAAUUCAUUUACGUCUUCCUUUUCCAAUAUUUGGUAUAUAAAAAUAUGAAUUUUCUCAAAACUCCUUUUAAAGAUACAAAUGUCAAAAAUAAACAAGCAACAUGCUUCAUAAACUACACAGGCUUUAAUCAAAGAAUUUGCAGAAGUGGCUCCAUUUCCAACAGUGCAAACAUGCAGAUUUCCUUCUCUGAGGGCAGUGAUCCUUGAUAAUAGUAGAUACUUUGUUCCCAAAGAAGGAAAAAAAACUUGCAUGAUUGGCACCAGAAUUUUCAAGCCCAUUUGGGACAUCCUUGAAGAAUCCCCAGCAGUAAUCCAGUAAUGGGGGAUUGGUAAAGUUAUGGUAUGUAAAUACAAUGGGCUACUAGUAAUUUCAAGAAUAAAGAUAGAGAUGUGAUUUUACUGACAUGGAAAGAAGUUUACAGUAGAAUGAAUAGAAAAAGUUUAUAAUAAAGACUAUGCAUACUGUUCUUGUUUUAAAUAAAAUCUGUGUAUUCUGUUGGGCUCUUCUGAUUAUAAAGAACAGAAACUAGGAUUAUGUCAAGCACCGGCAGCUUUAUUAUUUACAUGAAGAUAAGAAGAGAAAUCACGGCCAUGCGGUCUGACUUCAUCAGAAAAGAAGAGCUGUGAUCCUGCUCCACCUGUCUUAACAGUUUGUCUUACUGUGGUGGCUUGAAUGUUCCUGUGAAGCUGGAAGCUAUGCCACUGGUAUUUCAACUACCAGCAAGGUCAACAUAGUGAACAGGUUUCAGACUGAGACAGACUAGAAAGAAAGGUCUGGUGAUCUACCUCUGAAAAUAAGUCCAUGAAAACCCAAUGGCUCACGAUGGUUAUUGCCCGAUACAGUGCUGGAAGAUGUGCCCCCAGGUUAGAAUGCACUGAAAAUGGACAGUGGCCGCAACGGUGGGCUUGGGCACACCACUGAUCUUGGGGAAUGCACAGGGCCAGGCGACAUUUCAUUCUGUUGUACGCUUGGUCAGCCAUGAGUUGGAGCCAACUCUGUGACAACUAAAAAUAACAAAAAGGUGGCUGUUAAGUGGUUUAACAGCCUAGUUAAUUACCAGUUAAUAAACAAUCUUGUUGAUAAUCAGGGUGGUGAUUGAGGCACUAAAGAGAACUGGUACAAAGAAUAAAUAAGCCGUAUCUGUGAAGGUAUUUCCUACCACUAUGAAGUCUUCAAAAAUUAAUCGUAUGUCAAAAAUAAAAUCAGGUGCAACAGUCUUCAAGGUUUUUAGGUCUAUCAUCUGACCUUGCAAGGGCGUUAACAGAUAGUGGCAUGCUAAAACAUACUGGCCAGGCGUUGCAUGCACUUUAUGUUCUCAUUUAAUUUUUCAACAUCCUAGCACAUGAGUGCUUUUAUUAUUCCCACUUUUAUGAAUGAAGAACUGAAGCUUAGAGAAACCAAGAAAUAGGCUCAAUGUCACAUUUCUGAUACGUGGGAGAGCUGGCACACACCAGUCCAUUCUCUGCUCGAUAGCCAGUAGUAGUCUACAGUUAUGGAAUAGGCCUCCUGGGCAUCCCUGCUGUAUUCCACCCUGGAUUCAUUGAUUUACUCACGAAAGUGUUACUUAACUCCUACUCUAUGGCACAGUGGUGAAGAGCUUGGCUGCUAACCAAACGGUUGGCAGUUCGAAACCACCAGCUGCUCCUGGGAAAUUCUGUGGGGCAGUUCUUUUCUGUCCUAUAGGAUCACUAUGAGUUGGAAUCAACUCAAUGUUAAUGGGUUUGGUUUUGGUUUUAUAGAAGAUUUGGGAAAGGAGUAGAUAAGGCGCUUGACUCAAGGAAAUUAUAGUUAAGUGGCAAAGAAAAAGCUUGAGCAAAUAAUCUUAGCAAUAAACAUAAUUUCAAAUUGUGUUAAGUACUAUGAAGAAACUAUAUAAGGGACCGGGAGAAAAUAAACCCAGAACUGAUUGCCAUCGGGUAGAUUCCAACUCACAGCAAUCCCAUAGGUCAGAAUAGAGCUGCCCCAUAGGGCUUUCAAGGCUGUAAAUCUUUAUGGAAGCAAAGUGCCACACCUUUCUCCCACAAAGUGGCUGGUGGGUUCGAAUUGCUCACCUUUUGGCUAGCAGCUGAGUGCUUAACCACUGUACCACCAGGGCCCCUUGAAGAAAAUAAAGUAAGGGGAUAUAAUUGAGGCCAGGGGUCAAAGUCUCUCCAAUGAAAUAACAUAUAAGCUGUAAUCUGAAGAAGACGUGUGUUAACCAGGUAAAGAUUUGGAGAAUCAGAAAGAAGAAUGGACAAUGGCUCUGGGGUGGGCAAAUUAUUAGCACGUUUGAGGGUUUGAAAUAAGUGCAUAGAGGCCAGAGGGCAGUGAAGAAGGGGGAAGUGGAAGGAAAGGGGGCAGGAGAGCUGGGCAAGAACAGAAGGUGCAGGGCCUUUGGAGCUUUUGGAGUUUGGACUCAGGAAAGUGGAAAGCUGUGGAAGGGUUUUAUGCAGAAGAAUGGUAUUGUCAGAUCUUUAAAGGAUUUUUCUGACUACUGAGUAGAGAAUAGAUCAGUAGAAUGCAACAGUUCUUAACCAGCUUCUGCCAGGUGUGUUGAUGUCUGGGAUAAGGCCUCUAUCUUCUGUUUUUUGAAAUCUUUGAGACAGCAUCCCACCUGCCCUGGAACAAACUGAACUUCAAGGUCUGUCUCUCAUUCUCUUGACUACAGUAGUCUGAAUGGACCAUCAUGGUCUCUUUGAAGAUAAUUUUACCUCUUUCACAUGGUCAUGAAUUGAAUUCAAAUAGAUCUUGUUUCCAGACGGUAGAAUGACGCCUUUUGCAGUGUUGGGGCUUUGUUUUCAAAGAUACGGGGCUUGGCUGGAUGAGACUAGGCCAGGAGAAAAGAACUGGAAUUAAAUUCAGAGAAACACAAAGUCAAGGUGGGGAGAAAGCAGAGCUGAUUGUUAGGUUGGAAAGAAGAAAAAAAAAGUACUUUACCAUUCAUCGGGAUUCAUGGGAGGGAAUCUAGUUUGUAAUAUUUAUGGCCAAAAAGGCAGAGGGUGUGGCUAAAUAGGGGUAUACCGAGGUAUAGCAGGGCUUUAGCCACUUUAUGAGGAUUUGUGUCAAGGCUUUAGUCCCCGGAGUAAGAGGACCAGGAAGAGCAGAACAGGACAGAAAGAACCAAAGUAGCAACCCAUUCUUAAGACCUGGUACAUAGGAGCAAGAAGAGCCUCAGCCAAGGCAGUAUAUGAGAUGUUCAGUGCUUUUCCAGGUUCCUGGUCCCAGGACUGAAGGGUCAGUAAAGGGUAUAGGAACUCCAUUGGUCAGCAUCAGACUACAUGGAAGAAUGACUGAUACUAAGCCCCGCUAGAAUGCUCCCAAGAAGCAUUUGACAUGUCAUCAGGAGGGACCAUUCGCUGGAGAAGAACAUCAUGCUUGGUAGAGGGUCAGCGAAAGAGAGGAAAACCUUUAAUGAGAUGGCCUGACACGGUGGCUGCAACAAUGGGCUCAAACACAGCAACGAUUGUGAGGAUGGCACAGAAUUGGGCCACUUUUCCUUCUGUUAUUCAUUAUGGUCACUAUGAGUCGAGCCAGCUUCAGGGCACCUAACAUGUACAAGUCUGUAUAUCCUUAUGUGUGUCCUUAUGUAUAGCGUGUGCAUGUGUAUGCCUAUCCGUAUGUGUAUAUAUGUAUAUAUAUAUAUAGUGGAUGUAUAUGUGUGUGCAUCUGUAUGUGUGUUGGUAAGAGGAAUGAAUUGAGGCUAUUUAAAUACUUCUUAACUUUUUUUUUUUUAGUUCCUAAGGGAACCAAGUGCUGAAAUUGUGUGUGUGUGUGGGAACAAUUAUUUGACUUGGCUGUGUGGUGUAGGGGAAACCCUGGGAGCAUAGUGGUUAAGAGCUACGGCUGCUAACCAAAAGGUCAGUGGUUCGAAUCCACCAGGUGCUCCUUGGAAACCGUAUGGGGGCAGUUCUACUCUGUCCUGUAGGGUCGCUAUGAGUCAGAAUCGACUCGACGGUAAUGGGUUUGGGUUUGACUUGGUGUGGUGUAGGAAUGAAGAUGAGUUGACUUACUUGUGAGCAUUUGGGGAAGGCAGAAAAUGGGAACUAAAGUAGAUGGAUGAAACCUAGAAACUGGCAGCCCAUGAACCCAGGUCACAUAUUUGACCGACACCAUUAUUCCAUCAAUAUUGAGACCUUCCCAUGUAAGCAACCCGUGCUCUUCCAGAAUAGAUAAUGCUUUUUCUUCCUCCUUAACUAUUUAACCCAUAUCCUGCGACUAAACCACCAUAGAAUAAGGGCUGAUAGAUUAUUUUUACUUUUUAAAUUUUCUAUUGUACUUUAGAUGAAGGUUUACAGAACAAACUAGCUUCUCAUUGAACAGUUAGUACACAAGUUGUUUUAUGACAUUGGUUAACAACCCCACAACAUGUCAACACUCUCCCAUCUCGACCUUGAGUUCCCUACUGUCAGCUUUCCUGUCCCCUUCUGCCUUCUAGUCCUUGCCCCUGGGCUGGUGUGUGCCGUUUUAGUGUCGUUAUAUGGGCCUGAGCCAGGUCUUUUUUUGUGAGGUAGAAUUUUGUUCUGUGUUUUUCUCCAGCUCUGUCCAGAGCCCUGUAUUGUGAUCCCUGUCAGAGUAGUCAGUGGUGGUAGUCAGGAACCAUCUAAUUGUACUGGACUCAGACUGGUGGAGGCCAUGGCAGUUGUGGUCUGUUAGUCCUUUGGACUAAUCUUUCCCUUGUACCUUUAGUUUUCUUCAUUCUCCCUUGCUCCCAAUGGGGUGAGACCAGUAGAGUAUCUUAGAUGGCUGCUCACAGGCCUUUAAGGCACCAGAUGCUACUCAUCAAAGUAGAAUAAAGAACACUUUCUUUAUAAACUAUGUAUGCCAGUUGAGGUAGAUGUUCCCCGAGACCAUGGUCCCCACAGCACUCAGGCCAGCAAUUCAGUCCCUCAGGGAGUUUGGAUGUGUCUAUGGAGCUUCCAUGACCUUGCCUUACACAAGUUGUGCUGGCUUCCCUAGUAUUGUGUACUGUCUUACCCUUCACUGAACUGAUGGAUUAUUUUUUGUAAAAACAAGGCUAGCACUAAGGAGUGAGAGCCAGCCAAGGGCACUGGUUUUUCCCACAGGCUUUGGACUCAGAUGGAUGUCAUUUGGAGUUCAAACUCUAUUCAUUAUUAGCUUCGUGACCAUAGUCACCCUCUCUAAAGCCCCAGUUUCCUUGCUAAUAAAAUGGGGAUAAUAAUAGUACCUUGCCUGUUACAUGAUAUAAUACAUAUAAAACACCUACCAAAUUAUUUUUAUUAACUUAAUCUUCAUGUAAUGAUUUUACAUUCCAACAUGCCACAGGUUGUGAAUUUUGAGAGUGUGUGUGUGGUAUAGUGUCACAAUAGAUACAUUACUAGAAAUUGGAAAUAGUUGUAUGUAUUUGUGAACAUAAUAACAAAAUAAUGUCAACCUGAUACAUUACAUUGUCUGGUUUCUUAUGCUGAAGAUAAUGUCUGUGACAUACACCUGUAUUGCUGAAUAUACCAGGAAUUUGUUUCUUUUUAUUACUGAGUAAUAUUACCUUGUAUGUAUAUACCAUCCAUAUACCUUUUAUCCAUACACCUUUUAAUGGAUAUUUGGGUUAUUUCCACUUUAGGGCUGUUAUGAAUAAAUCUGCCAUAAACAUUCUUGCCGUACAAUUCUUUUUGUGGGCAUAUGUUUUCAUUUUUUGGGGGGGUAAAUACCUAGAAAUGGAAUUGUGGAGUCACUGUGUAGGUUAUAUUUAACUUUAUGAGAAAAUCUCAGGUCAGUUUCUAGCAAUUUACUUGUGUUUUCUUUGUUUUACAUACUCACCAGCCUUUGGUAUUGUCAGUCUUUUUAAUUUUGUCCAUUUGACUGGGAGUGUAGUUACCUUCCAAACCCAUUGCCAUCGAGUCAAUUCUGACUCAUAGAGACCCUAUGGGACAGAGUAGAAGUGCCCCAUAGGGUUUCCAAGGAGUGCCUGGCGGAUUCAUACUGCCGACCUCUUGGUUAGCAGCUGUAGCUCUUAACCACUAUGCCACCAGAGCUUCGGUAGUUAUCUUAUUGUGGCUUAAUUUGCAUUUCCCUGAUGACUAAUGAUUUUGAGAAUUUGCCACAGGGAUUUGUUCUGCACUAAACUCUGUGUCCUCAAUCAAAUGGGAAUACCAAUAAUUUAAAAUCAAACACAUCAACAGUGUAAAAUACCUAUUAUACACAGUUCGCUUAUUGAUUUAACUUUAUUCCCACUCUACUUGAAUUAUUAUUGUACAUACACCUUUAGGAUAUAUGUUAGUGUCCGUCUCUUCCAUGCAUUUUUUCCCCCUCAUUAUUUAGCUGGAUUUAGCACAAAGUAACUGCUCUCUGGGUAAAAUCCCCCUGAUAAUUUAUAUGAUAAUCAUGAAGUGGAGCCUUUCAGAUUACUUAAUGCCUAUGUUUGGAACACGUCUUUCUUCAGGAGUGCUCAAAGCCCUCUGAUGUUAAUAUUCACAACAUCUUUGUAAAGUGGGUGGGAAGCACGGAGGAAACUGAAAUUCCAGAAGGUAAAGCAACUUCACCCAGAUCUUAGAGCGAACCUGUGAACUUCACACUGUCAUCUGAAUCACAGUCAUCAGUAGUGCCACCUACCCAACCCAUCCAACCAAGUUAUCUCUCCAUAUGGGAUCAGACCGCUAAGAGUUUCGAGUAAAUUCGAAUAACUUUCACUUCAUCUGCUGCCAGAGAGUUAAUAUAGGCACUCCUCCCCUCCAACACACAGAUCUUUCAGAAGUAAAAAGUUAUCAUGAGCUGUGCCAUGUAGAGUCCCCAUGGAUUUGUGAACUGAUGGUUAUAAAGAGAAACAGAGUCUUUCUGCCCCAUGGAAAAAGAUGUGUGAGAAUGCAGUAAUGUAGAAAACAAGAUUCAAAGAACAAUGCACAAAAAUCUCCUAUCUUCUCAUACUCACAUAAAUAUUUUCAAACAAGAAGACUAUGUGUUUUGAAAAAAACAACAAAGAAAAGGAUAAGACCUCUAGCAAUAAAGAAAUAAAACACACCAGUGUUCCAGGUUGGUUUUUCCUGUAUCUGAACAUAUUGCAUAUUUAAAGAGUCACUCUAAAGUAAUGUGCCUGAUGUUUAGCAAAUAUGCCAGAUUCCACACACCCAAGGAGAUGUUUUUUUUUAACUUUUUUUUUCCCUUGAAGGAGGCAUCUUGGAAUGUUAUACACUUCAUUCAAUGUCCUUUUUUUACUGAUAAGAAACCCUGGUGGCAUAGUGGUUAAAGCUACAGCUGCUAACCAAAAGGUCGGCGGUUUGAAUCCAUCAUGAGCUUCUUGGAAACCCCCUGGGACAGUUCUGCUCUGUCCUAUGGGGUCACUAUGAGUUGGAAAUGACUCAAUGGCAACAGGUUUGGUUUUGGGGUUUUUUUCACUGAUAAAAACAUUUUUGGAAUUUCUAUUUUGGAAUUGCCUUCAGAGCCUUAGGAACAUUCUUUUUUGAGUGUUUCUUCAGGACUCUGCGGCUCCAUAAAAAAGUAUGCUUCAAAUAUUCUCUCACCAUUUUAUUGCUUUAAGUCUUAGACUCCUUGUCCUGGAUCUCUUCUUACUUCAUGUCGCCACCUGAUUCUGAUCCUCCUAGUUUCUGAAUUCAUUACUCAGUCUCCUAUUUGCAUUUUACCUUAUAUGUAAGAUAUGAUAAUUAGCUCUACAAUUUUCACUGUAAUCUUUUCUUCUUGACCAAGUUCCUGAUUUUUCCUUCUGCCUAACCUGCUUCAGGAGACUCUGGGUGGUGUAAAUGGCUAGUGUGCUCAACUGCUAACCAAAAGAUUGGGGAUUUGAGUUCACCCAGAGGUAUCUCUGAAAAAAAACCUGGCAGCCUACUUCUGAAAAAUCAGCCGUUAAAAACCCUACAGAGUACGGUUCUACUCUGUCACACCUGGGGCUGCCAUGAAUUGAAAUCUACUCGAUGGCAACUGGUUUGGUUUUAAGGUACUUCAGGGAGCUCUAGAUGAAACUCCCCCUGAUUUAGCCUGCUAGCUGGAACAAUUGCCCCAACCAACCCCUAUGGAUAACACACUCACUCUGUUCAUCACCACUCCCCUGCCCAGCAGUGGCCAAAGACUCAGUAGUGUGAUCCUUAUCCUCUAAUGGCAAAAUUAGUAUGUAAAAACAACCCAAAGCCAUUUGGCACCAAAUCUGGUGAAGGAAGUGUAAUCUCAAGCUGUGUAAGGAAAAUAGGAUGAAAAAGUGGCCAUAAAGUAAUGAGACCGGAUUCCUCCUAUGGCUCUGAGUGCCACAUCAUCGUAGACCAGAAAAUGCUGUAUUCUCAUGUGGCAAAGGUUCAUAUCUUGCUCCCAUUACAUGUGGUCAGCUGCACUUCUUCGUGCCAUCUUCACCUGGUUGAAAGGAGCUGGCCUCCUGACAGAGGAAACAGACAUGGCAAACCACACACUUACAGACACUUGGCGUGCUGCCCAUAAAAAGAGCUGAAAUAUUGUUUGACAUAGAUGCUUGAAGGGAAAACUAAUUUAGAUUUAUUAAAAAAAAGUCAUUUUUUUUUUCAUUUUAUUUUGAACAUCUUUUUGUGUGAGAGAGAGUUGUUUAUGUUCCUGUCUAUCUUCAGCAACUUUGAAAUACUUGCGCUGUGUAAGGAAAAGCAGUGCACGGGUAAGUAAAACCAGGAACAAUAGAAAUACUUUAGCAGUUUCUUUUGAAUAGUAUAUAUUUUUAUAGAGGCAUUUAUCAGUUUAUUUUCCUAAUUGAAUUUUGUGUGAAUUGAUAUAAAAAUGAGUUUGUAUUUUCCAAGUGGGGAAAAAUAGAUUAUCCCAAAUAUAGAAAUGUGGAAGCUGUGUCUGGUCAUAGUUUAUUUUCAAAGAUGACAUAUUUGUGGAAUCCCUGGCUACUGUUCAUAUGUUGGGGCAAGUAAAAAUCCAGUGGGUAAUUUGCAGUAUUUCCCAUGCCAGAUUCACCUAAAGAACCCAACUUAAAAACAAAAUAGAAACCUACUGAUUUAAUACAAACUUUAAUGAUUAGUGCCAGGAUUUAGAUCAAUGCAUAAGAGAGUCUGGUAGUUCUCCCAGCAUGUGUGGGAAGGAGGCAACCAUAAGAAUUUAUAGGGAAGGCAGGGCAGCCUGGGCAGGAAAGGGCCAGGAAGGCCGGGCAACAUUGCUCUUCUGUCCAUCAGCAAGGCUGGAGCAUAACCGCAUGGAGUGAAGAGGAGGACAGCUAAGGCAGGAAGUUCUACUGCACUUUGUCUUCCCCUGCAUGCACUUAGCUCGGGGUUUCCGACAGGCAGGGGAGAAGAUAGAAAGGGUACUCUGUCAAAACUCCAUCAUGGCAAUCCUACAAAGGAAACAGAUUUUAAAAGCUGCGAGAAGGAUGUAUGACUUCAGGGACCUUUGUGAGCCCUUUUAUUAGCCUAGUACAUCACCUCCCUCCCAUCUUUAUGCUGACAACACUCCUCAGCCCUUCUCCGGAUUUCUUGUCAAACUGGGCAGCCAUGUAAAAUGAACAGACAAGAGCUGCGGGAAAGGGCUGAUUGAUUCCUGUGUAUGCCUACACAUUAGGAGCGAUUUUAUUCUGCUACAAGGUUCUCUUAUGCAGUCUUCCAGUGAGGGAAACCUGGAUUGUUUCUGACAACUAUGUGUUUUUAAAGAGUUUUAUUUUUUCUUAUAAUGGUGUUCCUAAGAGCAUAAAUCACCACAUAAAGAGAAUAACACACGAGCCUAAAUAGCUUCACAAAAGUUACUUGAAAGUUUAGAGAUGGCUCUGGUGAAUGUGCUGGGCCGUCAGUCAGUAAAUGGGACAGGUUUUUCAAGCUGUCUGUGUGGUUGGCUUUUCAUUUCUGCUAACUUUCUUAUGAAUGCGAUGUUUAUAAGGGGCAGCUCAAACGUCACCUCCUCUGUAAAGCCGUCCCUUGAUUUCUCCAAGUUCGAAUUAAUUUCUCCCUACUAUGUAUUCUAACAAGGAGCCUCGGUGACACAAAUGGUCAAAUGCUUGGCCACUAACCGAAAGGUUGGUGGUUCGAACCCACUCAGCGGCUCUUUGGGAGAAAAACCUAGCAGUCUGCUUCUGCAAAGAUUACAGCCAAGAAAAUCCUAUGGGGCAGUUCUACUCUGUUGCAUGGGGUUGCUAUGAGUAAAAGCAACAACACCCAACAACAACAUGUUUUCCAACAACAACAACAUUUUUUUGCAAAAAUUUAAUGCACAUUCACAUGUUUCGUAGGCCUUAUUAAGAGUCCUGAGUUGUGCAAAUAGCUAAGCACUCCCUACUAGCCAAAAAGUUGGUGGUUCUAACCCACUCAGAGGCACCGUUGAAGACAGACCUGGCGAUCUGCUUCAAAAGGUCCCAGGCUUGAAAAUCCUAUGGAGCCGUUCUACUCUGCACACAUGAGGUUGCCACGUGUUGGAAAUGACUCCACCACAACUAACAGCAUGGGCAUUAUUCUAGGCACGUGGCCUCACGAUUCUCUACAACAACCUUACGGUUUGUCCGCAGUGUUCUGAAGCUCGGAGUAAUUAAGUGACUUGCCCAAAGUCACAGAGCUAGAAAGUGAAAGAAUAUGAACUUAAACCUAAAUGUAGGCGGUCUGACUUCAGAGCAUGCAUUCAUAGCUCUGCCUUCUACUUGCGUCUUUUUCAUGCUUUUAACAUAGCAUAAAACUUUAGGAAUAAUCACAAGAGUAGACAGACUUUACCAGGUGUUGAGUAUGGAUUAGACACUGAGCCAAAAAAUUUCUUGUAACCUUAUUUAGUCAUCAGACAAAAUGUGCAGAGCAGGCUACAUAAUUAGCAGGACCCAGUACAAAAUGAGAAUGCAGGGCCCUUUGUUCAAAAAUCAAGAAAAUGAGUGCUGUUAAAGGUACUAAAAUAUAAAGCUUUUUCCUUUCUUCCACAGCCUCUCUCUUGACUUUAUCACAGUGUUUUUACUGGCUUCUUAAUGCCAUUCUAACUAAAAAUAAAAUUAAAAUUAUUAGCAAGAGUGUUUCUAUUCAUCUUCAUAUUUAUAAAUGCCAGGUUUAAAUGAAAUAUAAGAACAUUUAACACUUAUGUAGGAAUACCAAAAUCACACUAUUUGUCUUUUGUAGCUCUUACAUGUACGCAUUUCAUUCUUACCAGGUAGUGGAACACUGCAGAAAAUGAACUCAGCUGUUUUUAUUUCAUUUCUUGAGAGGUACACAUUCUACUAACACUCUCUGCUUUUGGCUUACUGAUGAGUAAGGAAGAACUGAAAGAAAAGGAAGUAUGGGUUGCCCUGUCUUUCCCUUUCCUUCUGUGUCAUCAUUUUCAGCUUGAGUGGUUGGCUAAUACAGGGAAGUAACAUGCAAAUAGGGCUUCCUGGGUGGUGCAAACAGUUUGCACUCGUCUACUAACCUUAAGUUUGGCGGUUUGAACCCACCCAGCAGCACUGUGGAAGAAAGGCCUGGUGAUAUGUUUCCAUAAAAGAUUACAGCCACGAAAACCCUGUGGAGCUUAGUUCUACUUUGUAACACAUGGGGUUGCCAUGAAUCAGAAUCUACUUGACAGCAACAGGUAACAUGCAAGUAGGAAAGGAUAUAAGAGGUUUCCUUUCUUGUUCAUGUUUAUUAGAAUCCCAUUGCCUUCUUUCUCUAUUUCGAAGAAGCUCUGGUUCAAAGGAAAAGCACGGCAGUUCAGGUUGCCACUGUCCCUGCUUAGUCAUAGACGUAACACACUCAUUUUGUACUUGUUUUGAAUUUCACUGAACUCUCACACAUCCUGGGUCCACCAGAAUCUCGUGCUCAGAGGUCAUUCCUAAUGGUGUAUGCUAAUGGCGUAGCAAUGAACCGAGGCAGACACCCAUAUCGUGCAUAUCUCCUCUGCUCACGCACAUGCUCCAUUGUCACAUUGGACUUCACUUACAAAGCACAAGUUCGAAGAUAAAAUUGUUAAGAAUUCCAACUCAGUGACAGUGGCAUUAAAGCAAGUAUAAGGUCUUUCUGAGUGUGGGCCAUGUGUAAGUACACAGGUUGCCUGUCCAUAAGCAGCCCUGGCUAUGAGGUAGUUAGUAUUUUCAUCUUUAUUUUUAAGAUGAGACGUUGAUGCUGGGAGAGAUUAAGUAACUUAUUUAAAUUCAAUCAAACAAACUGGAGAAGUCUGGAUUUAAACUCCAAUCUGUGUGUCUUAUCACAGAGCUCACAGUCUUAACUAUUCAGUACUGUGGCAACUCAGCCAUGCAACUGCCCAUAAGCAUUGGUGGGUCUUAGUGAUCAAAAACAAAGUAUCAAUGUGUGGGUUAUAAAGAGUCCAAAUUGCUCUCCCUUUCUACUCAUUCUCCUUUGUUGUUCUUGACUGAAGUACCUCGCUUUGUAUUGUGCUUUAUAUUUUUCUAAAUACCUUCUUUCCAAAUAUAUUACCUCAUUUGGUCAUCACUGCAAUCUUAGGAGAAUCUUAGGGUCAUGACUCAUUUUGUGAGUGAGGAAAUAUAGCCUAGAAGUAUGAAGUGACUUCCCCAAGUUACCCUCCCUGCCAGUGGCAGAGCCAAGGCUAGAGUUCUUCCCUUAACAAGUGACUUCUUGAGCAAAAACUCAAAAAACUCUUGUGAACAAGUGAUAAGGGAAGGGAGAAUAUGGGGUCAUAAAGCAAAAGGAAAUUUUCUGAUUUCCUCUAGGGAGCGUGAUUUAGUGGAAAGAGCCAGAAAGAAUGGGCUUUUAUUAUAGCUCUGCCGCUUAUUACCCAAUGCCGUCGAUUAGUUGGGUAAAUUUGGGAAAUUCUGAGCCUGAAAAUUCUCAUGUGCCAAAUAGGAGUGUUUAUACUUACCUUAAGGAUCACUGGUGGCACAGUGGUUAAGCACUCAACUGCUAACCAGAAGGUCGGAGGUUGGAACCCACCAGUGGCUCCAUGGGAGAAAGAUAUGGCAGUCUCCUUCUGUAAAGAUUACAACCCUGGAAACCCUAUGGGGCAGUUCUACUGUGUCUUAUAGGGCCGUUGUGAGUUGGAAUCAACUCGAUAGCAAUGAGUUUGGGUUUUUGGUUUUUUUUUUUUAUUUGUAAAUAUUUACCUUGAAGAACUAUUCUGUCAAACGAGAAAACAUCUAAAAAAAAAAAAAACCUGGGGCUCAGUAAAUGUCAGUUUUCUUAUCUCUACUGGUCCUUAUCUACUGGUCAUAUAGAUAGUGGAGAACUCAGCCUAACAUCCUCUGUGCCAAAGAUGCCAUGCUGGGCAAAGGUGAAUUCAAGGUGAAGGAAAAACCUGAAGUCUUAUCAUGUUCCAUUCUUCGUCUUCACACAACAUCUGCUUCUGCUUCUGUCACUUCAUCAACGUUUAGGUAUAAAGAAGAGGCACCAUCAGGCACUACGAUUAAUACACAAAAGAUGUGCUAAAUGUGCUAGGCCAUGAGCAUUUCAGUCUUUGUACAAUUCUGAUUCAGAGAUUUUGUUGUGAAGUCAUUUUAAAGUAUGAACUAAUGGGUAGUUUGGCCAUACUUACUAGAGUUGAAAUCAUUAAUUCCUUUAGUACUGUAAUAACAUUGAUUUAGAUGAGCCUUUAUAACAUAGAAAGUGUAUAGUAUUUAGCAGUAAUUAACAUCCUUUAAUUAGGAAGGGUUGCCAAGUAGUUUUCUCUCUUGGCUCUGUUGUAGCUAAGUGCAGCUGGAGGAAAAUUAGUCACAAAGGGAACAGCUUGUGUUUUAUGUUAAAUUUGCCUUUAUGGAUUAAAAAAUAUUCUUUGGUAUUAUAUUUUAUCAUAAAAAAGAUACAUUUGAAUCACCAAUGUUGUGAAUAGUCCAAAUGCCGUAGACCUUAUGAAUAGAACCAUCUACCUAGAGAUGCACAGAUAGGGUAUAAAAUGAGUCUACAAAUUUCAAAUAUAUCUGUCCAUAUGUUCGUCAAGUUGUUUAAGUCUUAAUAUUGGCUUUGCUAUUAUAAUGCCUCUAGAAUCACAAUAUAAAAUUUCAUAUUUUAAUGUGCAUUUAUAGUAAAUGCUGCUCCUUGCUAACCAGAGAGGCAUUUAGGCAAUUGCUGGGUAUGAAAAUUGCUGACAUUUUCUGAAUUUCAAAUGACAAAUGAGAUGCUCCUGUCAGUUUACUGUGUAACUCCGUAGCAUAUGGUGCUUCUGCUGGUGGGUGUUAUUUCAAAGUUUGCAAAUCACACCAUGAGAAAGUCCCUAUGGUGGGCUCCUGGAACACUUAGCAACUGUGAAUCUGAAGUGACAGUACAGAGGGAAAAGGACUAAAAAAUAGCUUUUUUUUUUUUUGACAGUGAGAAUACAGUACAAAGUGAAAGAUAAGUUAAUACAGGGAGGUGGAGGGGUAGAGACACCAAUCUAGCAAAAGAAAGAAAAGAAGCCAUUUUCUCUCUUAUAGGAUAAACCAGAAAGUCAUCUAAAUUCUUAAAAAAAAAAAAAAAAUUCUCAAAGCAAA